UUGUUAGGUUUAACGCAAUUUAUCGUUCCAUAGCGAACUAUAAAGCAUUUCCAUAGAAGUAAAAUGCAUUAAUAUUAGUACAUGUAAAGAGUACGCUCCCAUUGUUUUGUGAAGCAGGACUGACCAGGAGUAACGUUUUUGAUGGCAUUUGAGUAAAUCUACCUUGUGUUACGAUCGAUAUCUGGUCAGUGUUGGAAGUUUGCUUUACCUGUUUCCCCUGUGAAAUAGACAACGAGUCCAAAUCGGUGAUCUACAGAUCCGAACUGGAUAAAGAUGAAGCGGCAUUUGAACAAGAAUGUUAUAAUCCUUUCCUUUUGUUGUGUUGGAUUUGUUCUUUGGAUCAUUUAUCAAAAUAAUGAUCCAGUCCAAAAAAAUAGACAGAAAAAACAACAGAAUGUGAACGUCAUGAACAAAAUAAAGGAAAUCUCCGACCAAAAACUUAAUAAAUAUCUGAUGAAACCACACGGAAAACUACAAAAUACCAUUAACACAGACAAACGUUAUUCGCAAGUCAAACAGGAUGAAGUAGUGUACGAAAUUCUCCAAAAAAAGAAUGGUUUUUUCCUUGAUAUUGGUGCACACGAUGGCCAAUUUUUGUCCAACACACUCUGGUUAGAAAGACAACACGAUUGGACAGGCCUGUUAAUCGAAGCAAAUCCUGACCUUUGCCAAAAAAUCGAUCAAUUAAAAAGAAAUGCAUGGCGUUUGUGUGCGUGUUUGUCCGAUUCUCAAAACAGUGUUUCUUUUAUUAAAGGCGACACUGUCGGUGGUAUCGCUGACAACAUCGAUGAACACCACAUGAAAAUGUUAGAUCGGGAAAACAAGAUCACCAUUCCAUGUUUUAGUAUGGAACAAAUCUUGAGUGCGAUUGGAGUCCAUCAUAUUGAUUUUUAUUCUUUAGAUGUUGAGGGAGCAGAAAUGCCAAUUUUGAAUUCAAUGAAAUCUGGUCUUGAAAAUGGAGUGUAUACAGUGGACGUGUGGGCUAUUGAAUACAGAGUGUGGGAUGGUCACCAGAUUGUUGUUGGGAAAUCCAAAAAAAACUUGAAUGCAUUAAGAAAAUAUUUCAAUGAACUCGGGGGCUACUUCGAACACUCGCAGUUAUCUACCGAUAGUAAUAACAAAGACGGGUACGCUCUUGACGUUGUAUUUGUUCGUACAAGCGAAUGGUGUAGAUCACGAGAAAAAAUCCCUAAUGGAGCCCGCUGUCCAGGAAAGAAUUAAGCUGUAAGGUACGGAGGAAAAGAUCAAUUAUGACGUCAUAAUGGGUCUAGCAACAAAAAGACACCUAAAGGAUUAUCUACUGGCUCAUUACCCUUAUCAGGAAGUGAAAACGCAAGUAAGCGAUAUUCCUGAUCAAAUCAAGAUCAUAUUGGGUUGUAUACGACAUGGUUAUAAAAAGCCGGGUUCUGUGUAGAUAAAGACGCUCAUGAUGAACAAUUCCUAUUGAACACACCGUGACUAGA